CUCGCAGAUUGUACUUGCUGCUGUAGCGUUUCAUUAACCAUGCCUCCAAAGCGACGCGCCCAACCCGCGCGCAACACCCCAGCGCGCCCCUCCAAGCUCGCCAAAGAACACGGCAUAACCGCCGCGCAAGAAGCAGAGAUCAGAGAAGCAUUCGGCCUCUUCGCGAUCCAGCACCCAAACUACGCGGAUGCGAAAGAAGGAGUUCUGAGAAGAGAUGAUGUGCGACGGUGUCUCAUUUCCUUAAAUCUUUCUCCAUCCCGCGCCGAACUCCCCGAAAUCUUAUCUACUAUCGACCCCCUCAACACGGGUGUCGUCGAGUUCAUACCGUUCAUAUCCUACGCUGCUAUCGCGAUCCACUCCAAAGACGCUUCUUCCGACGACGAUGACGAUGAUGACGAGGAGUACAACGAUGAUGGCGCACGACGGAACCAUGGUGAAAGCGACGCACAGCAGGUCCAAGCAGCCUACCGCCUCUUCACGCACGGUGGCGCUGGACCGAUUACACUCGACCACCUGCGCCGCGUCGCUCACGAGUUGAAGGAAGAUGUACCAGACUCGGUGCUGAUGGACAUGAUGUUGGAGGCGAAUGGUGGCGUGAAAGGAAAAGGGAAGGAGAAGGAUGUAGGUAGUGUGGGAAUCGACGAGUUUGAGAGUGUGAUGAAGAGGGCUGGUUUAUCGUUCGGUUGA